AUUCGCACUAUAGUAGUUGACGCCGACGCGUCCCCGCAGCUAAAGUAAAAAGGACACUAUGUUCUUUGCCUCGGCUUGAGUCGCGAUCAUUCACGUCAAGAUCUCGCCUCUACUCCAGCACGCGAGCGCAUGUAGAUUUAAAGAGUUGAGCAGUCGACCACUCUGGCCCUACUUCGGAAUAAACAAUAAACCGCAUACCACGUCCGCCAACUGCUAUUAAAAACACAUUCGAAACACACCACACGCACACACAAUGUCCUCAUCAGCGCGGUACCGCCGUCCCGCAACGGAGCCCUCCACACCUCCUCCCGCCGCAGCGCCUCCAACCGACCCAGCAGCACAAGAGAAGGCCGAGCUAAAGGCCGCGGUACAGCAGCAAGCGGCCGCAACAUCAAAGGGCCUGUCUAUUCUAGAUGUGCUGCGCAUAAUAGGCGGAGUGCUGCUGCUCAGCAGCGGGCUGAGCUAUCUCAGCACGAGCGGAGAGAGCAUGACAUGGGGCUACAACGCGUGGUGGACACGAGCGCGGGAGUGGAAAACGCUUCUUCUGACAAUCGGUCGUGUGUCGCAGCAACGAGAAGUCCACCUCACCGACGCCGAACUGGCACAGUACGACGGCACCGACCCCUCUAAACCAAUCUACCUCGCCCUCAACGGCACAAUCUACGACGUAUCUUCCAGCCCGACGACCUACGGGCCAGGCGGGAGCUACCACUUCUUCGCAGGCCACGACGCGGCGCGCGCCUUCCUGACAGGGUGUUUCGCAGAAGACUCGGUGCCGGACCUGCGCGGCGUAGAAGCCAUGUUCCUACCCGUCGAUCCCGAGGCGAAAGUCGGACUGAGCGCUGAAGAAAGGGCCGUAGAGCUGGAAAAGGCAAAGACUAGGAGAAAGCUUACGAAAGGCGAGUUGAAGAAUCGGCAUGCGCAGGAGCUGAGGCAUGCGCGCAAGCAGGUUAGAGAGGGGCUGGAGGGCUGGCAUAAGUUGUUUCGGGGGGACAAGGGGAAGCCGUAUCGUAGGGUGGGAGAGGUCAAGAGGGCGGACGGGUGGUUGGAUAGUCUGCCCAAGAGGGCGUUGUGUGAGGAGGCCGAGAAGGGUAGGCCGGUUCGCAAGUACGAUUAG